CUUGUGCACCUCAGCUGGGCUCUAGUGUCCUCAGAACCAAAGGGCUGCAACGCUAGAUGCAUUUAAUCAUUCAGAUCCCCCUUAUUCGGAGAAGAGGUAAUAUCUUACGUUUGCGAGUGCGAUCUAUCCAAGUUCUCGACCAGCUGCAAGUCCUGCAACAAAGCACCCACACACAUAACGCCAAUAUGUGGGUUAACUUGCAUUUCCAACGUUUACGCGAUGGUCCACCGCCUCUGUUGCAAAUUCAAAGGUUCCUUUCGUUAGCGAGCUACUUUUGCAACCGGAAUUUUUGGAUCAAGAAAAUUUCACCUGCUGGGAAGAGGGAGAUGAAUCCGGACGCGCAAGUUACAAUGUUCUCCAAGCGCAUCCUGACUCUUCUUCUCUUCCUCGUCUCGCUCAGUCUCCUCACUUGGUCCAAGCCCAUUGACAGCGAUGAGGUUGGUAUCCGAGCCAUCGACGACGAAGUCGGUGUACGUGCCAUCGACGAUGUUGCCGAGGUCGAGGACUUGAUUCGUCGUGAUGCCUUCCCCCAUAGGCCAUGCGGAUGUGACCAGGAUCUCCUUAAAGUUCUUGUUGACCUUGACAGGAAACUCACGGUUAAAAUUCAAGAUCUCGAUGGAAAGAAGCGCUUGGGCCCUAUCAUCGAAGAAAUUAUUGUCAUCAUCCGCGUCGCCAUCCGCGUCAUUGACGAGAUUCGCAUUUCUUCUUGCAAAGUUACUGCUGUCAUCAGGGUCUGUGUGGAUAUUAUCAUCAAGAUCAUUGUGGCGAUUUCUCGUGGUUGCCACAGGUACCGAGACGUCAAACAUUCUAGGUUCAUCGUGAAGCUCGAUCUCGUUAUCGUCGCUUUACUCAAAAGCUGCAUCCGAGUUUGCCCCCGCAUCAGGGAGCCCCUCAAGGUUGCCCUCAUUGUUCAUAUUAAGAUCCUUGAAAUCUUUGUCAACCUUCGCGCUUUCCUGGGCCAUCACUAAGGGUCCACAC